AUGAAGAUUUUCCCCUUCCUUACCAUAGCAGCCACCACCACCCUAGCCCAAACCACUCUCUUCCCACUCUUCAACGCCGCCCCAACAACCCUCCCUAUCACCGGUGCACAAGGCAGCGUUGUCACCGCUGACUCCUCAGCCACCACUAUCGCCAUCCAAUGCAUCAAAGGCGACGACCUCUGCCGCCUCAACCAACCCGUCACCGUCACCGAGGGCCCUUCCACGCAUUCCAUGAGCGCAGUCUUUUCAACACAUACACUGGCUCUAAACGGGGUGGCUACCAUGAUCGAAGACUGCAUUAUCACAUCUAGUACCGUCGGCGCAUCGUGCACGGUGUCGCUUACUUUGGAGCUGACAUCACCGGCACCGACAUCAACAUUAACAGGGUCGAUGACUGCUGCUUCUGCCUCGGUUUCUACUACAAGCAGGAGUUGGGAGUCCAGUUGUGGAUUACAUGAUAUCUAUUAUAAGCCGUUGACAGUCACGGCGGGGAUGGAAAAGUUAAAUGUUCCAACUGCAGAGCCAACGGAUGCGGGGGCGGGAGCGGGGAAGGGGGAGGAGAAUCUGGGGAUCGGGAGGGCCGUGGCUGCGGCUGUGGCUGCUGCGGCCAUAGCCCAUGCUUACUUCGAAGUCCGAGUACCGAUGCGGUCCCCUGCUACGCCUGCGAAGGUGGCCCCAAGCCUUGCGGCACACAAAUAUGUCCUCAUGCUCGAUUGAUUGAGGGAUUCUCAUAAAGGAAGUCCCUGAUGCGCUGACCAAUCUCAUCUUCAAUUUGGUAGAACUAGGCACGGUCCAGGUGUCUGUCCAGUGGAUCUGCUUCUACUACCGGCUACUGCUGCGAUUGUGUUGCCAGGCGCAAAAAAUAAUGUUACUGGGGAUCUAAAUAUGACAUCGAAAAAAGAGGAAAGGAAAACUAUCACAACUUCUUCAAAAAUCUGGGGCACCUGGCACAUAAACAAACUCCUUUACUUCCACUGAAAAUAGACGUUGCUCCCCUAGACCUUGCAGUACUUCCUCUAGUAGCUGGUCUAGAGGCGGGAAUAUUUCAACCACAAAGGUUCGGACAUGAUUAAUUGCCAUAAUUGUCCGCAAG